GCGGAGUCACAAGCAUCUUGUCAUUAUGUCCAGGAUCUCUGAUAAUAUUGCUAGCCAGACAGUUAUUUGUUAAUUUUUUCGCGAAGUCAUUGGUCGAUAUUUGUACAAAAUAUUCAUUUUCUAUCGCUUGAUGUUGUUAUGGUAGUUGCUUUUUAAGUGAACGUUUUACAUUUCAAAUCGUAGACCGAGGAAUGAGUGAUAUUCAUUUAGGAAUAACAUGCUAACAUUAGCUAGCUAGCCGAAGUAGCUAACGUUAGCUACUGUUAUUAUCUAGCUCUUUGUUUUGACUGUGAUGGUCUGAUGAUGUUGAAUAGCUUGGAAAGCUGCUGGGGCUCGAUAUAGUAUUCGUAUGAACAGACAUAUUAUAUUUUAAUGGGUUGUUAAACAGUAGUUAAUGUGUAAUACCGUUACUUCUGUAACGAGUGGAGGAUACAUGUGGUUGUAAACUAACAAUAGUAAGUUUACAAGCUAGCUUCUAUAGCUAGCUAAACAACGAGGGGCUGAGAAGAGGACAUGGGCAAUUGUCUCAAAUCGCCGACGUCGGACGAUAUAUCUUUGCUUCACGAGUCUGACAGAGGAAGUUAUGGGGAGGCAGACGCGGAUUUGGAGCCACCUCCGCCUUACCAGGAGCAGGCUCACAUGCCGGUGUACCACCCCACCCCCAGCCAGGCCCGCCUGGCCACCCAGCUGACUGAGGAGGAGCAGGUCCGUAUCGCCCAGCGUAUCGGCCUCAUCCAGCAUCUUCCCCGGGGCGUCUAUGACGGAGGCCGGGACGGCUCCGAGAAAAAAAUCAGAGAGUGUGUGAUAUGUAUGAUGGACUUUGUGUACGGGGACCCCAUCCGGUUCCUGCCCUGUAUGCACAUUUACCACAUGGACUGUAUAGAUGACUGGCUGAUGAGGUCCUUCACCUGCCCCUCCUGCAUGGAGCCUGUGGAUGCUGCCCUGCUUUCCACCUACGAGACCAACUGACCCCUAAGACAACCCUACCCCAUUAUGAUGAGCUCCGCAAAGCCGCACCCCUACACACACACACACACACACACACACUACAACCAUCACAGACUUCUUACAGCGCCACCUCCACCAGCCCCAACAAAUACAUACACACGCUGCCCUCCUCCCCUCUGCUUUUAACUUUGGGAUAACGAGUAGCAUGGUGUCUUGGUCGGUGAUGACAUAGAGAGAGAGAGAGACUAUGCGAACACUAGUGAUUAACAAUGAAAAGACUUUGACCCAUCCGCCCAUCACCUGGAACUGGCUCUGAACUGAACAGGCUGAGUCAUGGAGGACAUAGGAGGACAAGCAUGCAAAAUAUGUUUGUGUGUCUGUGGUGGACUGGGUUCCUGAGCCAGCUGUUGAAUACAGUAGGCCUGGGUUGGUGAUGUUAUGGUGGGAAGGAGGAGGAGGGGGCUGUUACCGUAGUGAUGGCUCACUGCAGUUCCACUUGAGCAGGUCUCGGUGGUAUCCCAUCCCAGCAUUUUGUUCACCAUGAUUAGUAGCUGGAAAUGGGAUUGGAUAAUUCUCUGUCGUCUGAAUUUGUCCACCAGGAGGUAUCCUAUCAGAUUCCUCUAAAAGCCACAGCUGGCAACACCAUGACAUGACUCAUCUGUCUUCUAAAGUCUCCAAAUCCUGCACUCUGAAUAUGGCUUAGUAAGGGUAAAAAAGCCCCAGGAAAGCCGGCAUGGUGGCGUAAUAAUCGGUAUCUCUCUAUGGACUGAAGCUUACCCUGUUUUAGUGUUACAGUUGCAAAGUAAAAUAAGUUACAGAGCAUAGUAUUCUUUAGGCUUACAACAAAGUAACUAUAGUAUGCACAUACACAGUGCAGAAAUCACCCAAAGUCCAUCCUUUAUUAGACUAUGUACUACAUGCAUUGGCUUUUGUUUUGCCAUUCAGAUUUGUAUGUCAGUCACCCUGUGUAAGGUUCAUAUGUUUUACUUUUAGAGGAUUAACAUAGCUGUCAGCCAAUGUAAAGGGCUCGUUUGUGCAUGUGGUGGAGGAUCAGUCUAGAAGUUAGGAAUGCUUGCACACACAUUAAAUCUGAUCCCGAGAUUUGCACUUUACUUAUAGGACAUUAACGGAAGCAUUAUGUUAAUAUAUAUCUAUAUCUAUAACCUUGCACUUUUCAAUAUUAUUUAUUAUUUUUGCAGCACAGAAGUUAGGAUUGAUAUUGAUAAUGGUAUCAAUGCUACCAUUGGUCACUUAUCACAUUAAAGAAAAGCUCAAUAGCUGAAUAUA